AUGAACAGCCCCGAAGCCUCCUAUCAAAUGACUGUCGCCGCCCAUUCAGACUCCGCUGCCAUGUGCAUCGUAUGUCGCGUGCCGUUUGGGACGAUGAAUGACUUCGUGCUAGUUCCUAAAGGCGGUCUGAUUUUCUACGAUACUGAUCUUUCAACAAUAGGCGCUUCAUUGCCUGAUGUUGAAUUUCCAUGA